AUGGCAUCAAUCGCUCGAUCCGUUGCCCGCACCUCCACCCGUGCCGCCCGGCCCCUCGCCUCCCGCUAUGCCGCCCAGAACGCCCGCUCGUCCUUCCGACGCGGCUAUGCGGACAGCGCCGCGCCCCCACCCAAAUCAGGCGGCUCCGGCCUAAUCUGGGGCGCUGGACUGGCCGCGCUCCUCGGCGGCGGUGGAUACUACUAUUACACCACGCAGGGGACAGCCGAGCAGCAACAGAAGGAGUUCAAGCCGACGUUCGAGGACUAUCAGAAGGUGUACGAUGCGGUGGCGAAGAAGCUUGAGGACGAGGAUGAGUAUGAUGAUGGGAGUUAUGGCCCGGUGCUGUUGCGGUUGGGAUGGCACGCGAGUGGCACAUAUGACAAGGAAACUGGCACCGGUGGCUCCAAUGGCGCUACCAUGCGUUUCUCCCCUGAAAGGGACCACGGCGCAAACGCAGGCUUGAAGGCUGCCCAAGAUUUCCUAGAGCCCAUCCACCAACAAUUCCCCUGGAUCACCUACUCCGACCUCUGGACUCUCUCCGCCGUCUGCGCUAUCCAAGAAAUGCAAGGCCCUGUCAUCCCCUGGCGCCCCGGCCGCGCCGACCGCGACGUCUCCUACUGCACCCCGGACGGCCGCCUCCCCGACGCCUCCCAAGGCGCCAACCACAUCCGCGCCAUCUUCGGCCGUAUGGGCUUCGACGACCGCGAGAUGGUCGCGCUGUCGGGUGCGCACGCCCUCGGCCGCACGCACACCGACCGCAGCGGCUACGACGGGCCAUGGACGUUCUCCCCGACCAUCCUGACCAACGACUUCUUCAAGCUGCUGUUGGAUGAGAAGUGGGCGUGGCGGAAGUGGGAUGGGCCGAAGCAGUUUCAGGACGUGAAGACGAAGAGCUUGAUGAUGUUGCCGACGGACAUGGUGCUGGUGCAGGAUAAGAAGUUCAAGCCGUGGGUGGAGAAGUACGCGAAGGAUAACGAGCUGUUCUUUAAGGAUUUCUCGGACGCGGUGACGAAGUUGUUCGAGUUGGGCGUACCGUUCGAGGUGAAGGAGGAGGAUCGCUUCCGGUUCAAGCCGAACACCGGCCUAUAA